CAUGUUGACCCGCCCCUUUCACACCUCACGCUGACAAUAAUGCUCUACCAUUUGCUGCGACAGCCUGUGGAGACGAGCCCGACGCCACGGCGCUGAUCGGAGGCGCAUUACUUUUGUGGUCGGUAGAGUCCCUUCUCCGCUGCCCUGACUGGGGAUGUGCUGCACGCCAACAUAGAUAACGAAAACGCCAACAGUGCCCAAUCCAGGCCGGAGAACUCUGAUCUCACUUGGUCUGGGGAACCACCCGCGGUCUAUCCUUGUCGCAGCCUAGUCGUGAAUCACUGUGCUAUACCGCGGAAGUACCGUUUAUGGGCUUUGUGAAGCAAUCUAUAUAACCUUUGGUUCCGUAUCCAGUCGGAUAGUCAGCAACCAAUCUCUCCUCCUCUGUCGCUGCGCUGCUCUACAAGACACCCUUGUAUUCUACAGAAAGUCUGCAGCAACUCCUGCCGGAUUUCCAAGAUGGGCUUCUCGUUCAACAUGCUCUGGUCUGCACCAGAAAUCAACCCUUACAAUAAGAAGGCGAAGUCGAUCCCCGUCUUCAACCCCGUCAACAAGUAUGGACGGGUGUUCUUCUUCUCGUACCUGGGCUUCUUCAUCGCGUUCUGGUCAUGGUACGCGUUCCCGCCUCUGCUAAGCAAGAGCAUCAAGGCCGAUAUGCAUCUUUCCCAGAAUCAGAUUGCCAACUCCAACAUCAUUGCUCUCACUGCGACACUGCUGGUUCGCUUCAUCGCUGGUCCAAUGUGCGAUCACUUCGGGCCACGCAAGACUUUUGCGGCUCUCCUCUUCAUGGGUGCUAUUCCAACUGCUAUGGCUGGCACUGCAAAGAAUGCCAUGGGGCUAUACUUUAUUCGAUUCUUCGUCGGUAUCCUCGGUGGUACAUUUGUUCCCUGCCAGGUCUGGACAACCGGAUUUUACGACAAGAAUAUCGUCGGCACCGCUAAUGCCUUAGUCGGUGGUUGGGGUAACUCUGGAGGCGGUAUUACCUACUUCGUCAUGCCUGCCAUCUACGACUCUUUGAAGAAAGAUCAAGGUUUGACCUCGCAUGUCGCCUGGCGGGUCUCGUUCAUCGUUCCGUUCAUCCUCAUCACUGCUGUCGCGACGGGAUUGCUCCUUCUUACCGACGAUACCCCCACUGGCCAUUGGUCGGACCGCGCUGCUGCCGUCCCUGUCGGUCACCAUUCUCAUGCGGCAGUCGUCUCUACUUCAGGAGGUCUUGCUGAUAAGCCUACAAACACAACUGCUACGUCACUCUCAUCACACGACGAGAAGAAGCGAGCCAGCUCUCCCACGGAUGUCGAGACCGCUUCCGGCGACGUCCAGAUCAUCGACGAGUUCCAGCACGAAGUCAUCGUCAAGCCAACGCCCAAGGAAGCCCUGAAGGUCAUGUUUUCGCUCCAAACGCUUAUGCUCUGCGCUGGAUACGUCUGCUCCUUCGGUGGUGAACUCGCCAUCAACUCCAUCCUCGGCGCCUACUAUCUCAAGAACUUUCCCCACCUCGGUCAAACAACGUCCGGUCGAUGGGCAGCCAUGUUCGGCCUCCUCAACGUCAUUACUCGUCCGCUCGGUGGCUUCAUCGGCGACCUGAUCUACAAGUGGACCAACCACAACCUAUGGGCAAAGAAGUUCUGGAUUCACUUCGUUGGUGUAAUGUCUGGCAUCUUCCUCAUCGUCAUCGGCAAGCUCGAUCCUCAUAACCUCCAUGAGAUGAUUGGCCUCAUUGCCGUUAUGGCUAUCUUCCUUGAGGCCGGCAAUGGCGCCAAUUUUGCGCUUGUCCCUCAUAUCCACCCCCAUGCUAAUGGUAUACUCUCCGGUCUCGUCGGCGCUGCUGGCAACCUCGGCGGUAUCAUCUUUGCCAUAAUCUUCCGCUACAACAAGACCAACUAUGCCCACGCUUUCUGGAUCAUAGGUAUAAUAAUCAUUGUCCUCAACACGGCUUUCAUGUGGGUCAAGCCUCUGCCCAAGGGUCAGAUCGGCGGUCGUUAGCAUAUCUUCUAUUCUAAGGCAGCGUUCAGUCUCCACUGAUGGUUCAGGGUACAUAUUUCGUACUCUUCAGGCUUUUUUGUUUAUUAUACCCAUGAAUGUCUACUUCGCAACGAUUUCACAAAGUGGCCUCACGUGGUGUAUUGAUUAAUGACUUUACAAUUGACUAUAACAUCCGGGAGCUGUCAGCGCAUCGUACUAACCUUUUCGCAUAGCUGAAGAAGAGCCGGACAAUAUGCUAGACUAGACAGACAUGUCUUUCUGGGGGUACUGAGGUGCCCGCAAACCGCACCGCUCAGCACCACAAUUCCACCCAAAUACGGCGGUAAUAAAACAACACAACUAAGGACGAGGAGAAGGAUUUCGGAUCGUAUCAGCCGCGCGACAGGCUGUCACCCAGCCCACCUUUUGUGGUCCAGACCCA